AUGAUGAUUACUGGAAUGCAUACUGUUGCUGACAUCUUCUGUGUUGGGUGUGGCUCAAUUGUGGGGUGGAAAUAUGAGGCUGCUCAGGAGAGGAUCCAGAAGUACAAGGAAGGGAAAUUUAUUCUUGAGAGGUUUAAGGUCUUGGGUCCUGAUGGAAGCAACUACACCGUCAGCCAGGAAGCUCGGGUUGGUGGCAGUGACGCCGAUGAUGCUUGA